CGGUCCCAUUCGUCGUAACCAUUGUCAACGUAUCCUGCACCAUUGUCAUCUACCACAAAGUCAUCUUGAUCUAAACGCUGUCGUACAACCUUCAAGUAUUCUUCCUCUGAGACUUUGUCGUAAAGAUUAUCUUCUUCUUUAUUUUCAUAAACGGUAGCUCUAGUUUUUCCAGCUUCACGUAAUGCACGAAGUUCAGCAAAUUUUGAGUUCGAGUUUACUGUCGCAUUUCUUUUUCGCAUGAUCCUCCCUUCACGACCUAAGUUAUAACGAUUUCUUAACAGUAAAAAAUUUUUUCAGUGGAAAAGCCUUUCCUUGUUUCCCUAUUUCUGAAUGGUUGAACGCGCUGAGAUAUGCUCCUGGAUGUAAACAAUAAAGGUCGCGUCUAUAUUGUACCUAUUUAUCGUUCUCUCGCGUUAGAGCUCCUUCAAACGAGCUCUAACUCCAUUUCUCGUAUUUAGGGUAGGGUUGCUAAACAGUCACGGUUGGUAUGUAGUACGAAAACAAACAUGUGCCAAAUUCGAUUUUUGCCGACAAUGGUUGCCUCCUCGACCGUCCCUUCUGUAGCCUCUAUUUUUGCACCUGAGUCUCUUCGCAAGAAGACUAAGACUCAGGAGCAAGCUCGUGAACAGCGCGUUGCUGCUGCUGCUGAAAAGAAAUCUGGUCUCCAAAAGAAGCGUGAACUUAUUGCUAAGCGUGCUGAAGCUUAUGAGGCUGAAUACCGUGCUGCUGAGCGUGAGCAAAUUGAGCUCGCUCGUAAGGCUCGUGCCGAGGGCAACUUCUAUGUUCCUGAAGAGCCCAAGUUGGUCUUCGUUGUCCGUAUCCGUGGUAUCAACAAUAUCCCUCCCAAGGCCCGUAAGAUUAUGCAACUCUUGCGUCUCUUGCAAAUUAACAGCGGUGUCUUCAUCAAAUUCAACAAGGCUACCAAGGAAAUGCUCCAAGUUGUUGAGCCUUAUGUAACUUAUGGCGUUCCCAACCGUAAGGCUGUCCGUGAAUUGGUUUAUAAGCGUGGUUUUGGCAAGGUUAACAAGCAACGCAUUCAUCUCUCUGAAAAUGCCAUCAUCGAGGCUGCUUUGGGCAAGUACUCCAUUUACUCCAUCGAAGACUUGAUUCAUGAAAUUUACACUGUUGGUCCCAACUUCAAACAAGCUUCCAACUUCAUCUGGCCUUUCAAGCUUUCCUCUCCUUUGGGUGGUUUCAGAGAACGCAAGUUCACCCACUUCAUUGAGGGCGGUGAUGCCGGUAAACGUGAUGAACACAUUAACAGCUUGUUGAAGCAAAUGAUUUAAAAUGUUGUUUUUAAGUUGUGAAUGGGCGCUGCUUCUAUAGGGUUAUAUAAAGAUUGUAAUUUAUAAUAAAUAGGAAUAACCGCUAGGUUUAAGUGGUCAGUAGUUUGUUCAA